ACCUUUCUAUUUUUUUCUUCCUUAUUACAAACAAUGUCAGAAACAAAGAUGGAAGCACCGCGUUUGGUAUUAAGAACUUACCGAGCCAGUGACCAUGACCAAGUGGACCAUUUAUUUUACAGUACUUAUUUCACACUGGUACCCGAAGGCGUCAAAUGCAAACUCAAGUCUCCCUCCUUUUGGAUUAUCUGGGUAGCCUUUUAUGCUUACCUGUUAGCCAUUGUCCCUGUCUUAUUAGCUGGAUUACCCGUCCCUGGUUGGGCCUCUAUUGCACUCAAGAUAUUCAUGACGUUGGCUUGGGCCGUUGUUUCCUUUGCAGGUGUAUUUGUUGUCACGGACCGAUUUCAAGUGGUGGACCAAGUAGAACAAGCUCGUCAGAACGAUCUUUCUGACCCAGAGAUUUAUUAUCUCAACUGGGUGAAGGAACAGGUACAGGUAGAGGAUGAGGAUAGAACAAGAGAGGAAGGUAAAAAGCAUGUGUCGUUUGAUAAAGACGCCAAACCCGCCACAGAGAUUGUCCGUACCCAAAAGCCCUUAGAGGAACAAUCACCCUCUCAUUUCUGGGUUUUGACGAUGGAUAAUAAGUAUUGUGGUAUGGUUGGAUUAGCGCAUUACAAAGAAGUCAUUUAUUCAAGGAGACCCGCCCAACCAGCCACAUGGAAAUUAAUGGCCGCUGCUUUAUUCAAGCGAUAUCACUUGACUUUACCCGAAUCCCUUUCCAACCUGCAAGAUAAAAUGCCUCCCGUGGUAUUUGCUCGUCCUCACGCAGAUGGUGUUGCCUCUCUGGAACGUUUGACAGUAAAACCUGAAUACCAACAUUGUGGAUUAUCCACUUUUUUGGUGGACCGAGCCAUGGCAUGGGCACAUGAAAAGGGUUUAUCGCGUGUAGAGGCCAAGACCAAUGAAUUAGAAUCAAAAGCCGCUACCAUCUUGGAAAAACGUCAUGGAUUUAAAUUGGUUAAAAAGGAAAGAAAGGGUUGGUUUGGUCAGUAUGAAAAGACUUGGUCCUGUAACGUGGAGGAUUGGAUUGCUACCCACGAAGAAGCUGCCAAUACCUAUCGUAAGUCUCAGCAGUAAUCUUUCUCUCUUCCUCCUCGCCCCCUCUCCAAAGAUUUUAUGUAUAUAUUAUAUUAUAAAUUAAAAAAAAAGCUUGUAAUGAAAUU